AUGACUGCAAUUUUAGAGAGACGCGAAAGUACAAGCCUGUGGGGUCGCUUCUGCAACUGGAUAACUAGCACCGAAAACCGUCUUUACAUCGGAUGGUUCGGUGUUUUGAUGAUCCCUACCUUAUUGACCGCAACUUCCGUAUUUAUUAUCGCCUUCAUCGCUGCUCCUCCAGUAGAUAUUGAUGGUAUUCGUGAGCCUGUUUCUGGUUCUUUACUUUAUGGAAACAAUAUUAUCUCUGGUGCUAUUAUUCCUACUUCUGCGGCGAUCGGAUUGCAUUUUUACCCAAUUUGGGAAGCUGCAUCUGUUGAUGAAUGGUUAUACAAUGGCGGUCCUUAUGAGCUAAUUGUUCUACACUUCUUACUUGGUGUAGCUUGUUAUAUGGGUCGUGAGUGGGAACUUAGUUUCCGUCUGGGUAUGCGCCCUUGGAUUGCUGUUGCAUAUUCAGCUCCUGUUGCAGCUGCUACUGCUGUUUUCUUGAUUUACCCUAUUGGUCAAGGAAGUUUCUCUGAUGGUAUGCCUUUAGGAAUAUCUGGUACUUUCAACUUUAUGAUUGUAUUCCAGGCAGAACACAACAUCCUUAUGCAUCCAUUUCACAUGUUAGGUGUAGCUGGUGUAUUCGGCGGUUCCCUAUUCAGUGCUAUGCAUGGUUCCUUGGUAACCUCUAGUUUGAUCAGGGAAACCACUGAAAACGAGUCUGCUAAUGAGGGUUACAAAUUUGGUCAAGAAGAAGAGACUUAUAACAUUGUGGCUGCUCACGGUUAUUUUGGUCGAUUAAUCUUCCAAUAUGCUAGUUUCAACAACUCUCGUUCUUUACACUUCUUCUUGGCUGCUUGGCCUGUAGUAGGGAUCUGGUUCACUGCUUUAGGUAUUAGUACUAUGGCAUUCAACCUAAAUGGUUUCAAUUUCAACCAAUCUGUAGUUGAUAGCCAAGGUCGCGUUAUUAAUACUUGGGCUGAUAUCAUCAACCGUGCUAAUCUUGGUAUGGAGGUAAUGCACGAACGUAAUGCUCACAACUUCCCUCUAGACCUAGCUGCUCUUGAAGUUCCAUCUCUUAAUGGAUAA